AUGAAAGCUGUUGUUGCUGGAGCCAGCGGCGGUAUCGGCCAACCUCUAUCCCUCCUCCUUAAGGCCUGCCCGCUCGUCGAUAAGCUCGCCCUCUACGAUGUCGUCAACACACCCGGCGUAGCCACCGACCUCUCCCACAUCUCCUCCGUCGCACAGAUCGAAGGUUUCCUCCCUGCCGACGAUGGUCUCAAGAAGGCGUUGACGGGCGCUGACAUCGUCGUCAUCCCGGCUGGUAUUCCUCGCAAGCCAGGCAUGACACGCGACGAUCUCUUCAAGAUCAACGCCGGCAUCGUCAAGGGCCUGAUCGAGGGCGUUGCGACCACCUGCCCAGACGCCUACAUCCUCGUCAUCUCCAACCCCGUCAACAGCACCGUCCCAAUCGCCGCCGAGAUCUUGAAGAAGGCCGGCAAGUUCAACCCCAAGAAGCUCUUCGGCGUCACCACUCUCGACGUCGUGCGCGCCGAGACUUUCGCCCAGAGCUUCACCGGCGAGAAGGACCCAAGCAAGACCAACAUCCCAGUCAUUGGUGGUCACUCCGGCGAGACCAUCGUGCCAUUGUACUCCCAGGCCAAGCCCGCUGUCAAGAUCCCAGAGGACAAGCUUGAUGCACUCAUCAACCGCGUCCAAUUCGGUGGCGACGAAGUCGUCAAAGCCAAAGACGGCACCGGCUCCGCCACCCUCAGCAUGGCCUACGCCGGUUUCCGCUUCGCCGAAGCCGUCAUGAAAGCCGCCAAAGGCGAGUCCAACAUCGUCGAGCCCACUUUCGUCUACCUCCCCGGCGUCGAAGGCGGUGACGAGAUCGCCAAGGAAACCGGCUGCGACUUCUUCUCUGUCCCAGUCCACUUGGGCAAAGAUGGUGCGGAGAAGGCUGUUAACAUUGUCAAGGAGGCGAACGAGUACGAGAAGAAGUUGUUGCAGAAGUGCUACGAGGGGUUGAAGGGGAAUAUUGAGAAGGGUGUUGAGUUUGUGAAGAACCCGCCGCCACCACCGGAGAAGAAGUAG